CUUUUAUAUCCAGGGGUUCUCGUAAGCCCUGGAAAUGCAGACCUCGGAUAAUCCUCGCCGGCUCCUUGGCCAAAUCCGCUGUGUAUUGGAAUGUAUUGACUGCUUCCGACGUGCGCAUCCUCUGCCUGAUGCCUUGUGUUACGUCCCCGGAGAAGUACAAUACAAGGUUUGCAAGGACCCGAGCAGCUCGUCUUCUGCCCGGUGCUUGCUGACAGUCUGGGAGGCUCCUGGAUUCGCUAAGCAGAACCUUAAGAAGCUGUCACGAGGCACCAUCGAAGUCCGCAAAGGAAGCUGUGUGCGAGCCACAGGCGAGGAAUACUGCAAUGCCAAUGGGUUAUGGGUGAAACUUAGCAAGGUGAGGCUUUGAGCACUACGUAUAUAUACACAACACACUUUUAUAAAACAAGAGGUUCUCAUUUUAUGGGACACAUAUAUAAUUAAUGUUAAACAAUGAAGUUUCCUAUUAACUCCUUAAGGACACAUAACAUAUGUGACAUGACAUGUGUGACAUGUCAUGAUUCCCUUUUAUUCCAGAAGUUUCAUCUUUAAGGGGUUAAAGGGACUCUCUUAUCGCCAAAAUAACUUAAUAAAGCAGUUUUAGUGUAUAGAUCAUUCCCCUGCAGCCUCACUGCUCAAUUCUCUGCCAUUUAGGAGUUAAAUCACUUUGUUUCUGUUUAUGCAGCCCUAGCCACACCUCCAUGGCUGUGAUUGACACAGCCUGCAUGAAAAAAAAAAUGGUUUCAAUUUUAAUUAGAUGAGAGCAAAAAACGGGUCGCAAGAGUAUUCUGAGAACGGACAGCAGCUGAAAUAGCCUGCCCUUCGGUGGGUCCCCGCUCAGAACUCAAGCUGGUUUUAGCUCAUCUUGUGCCAUUACAGAGAGAACAUAUCUGAAGCAUAUCAGACUGGUCCCACCCAUACGGGCAGUCCAGAUCCGAAAUGCCAGCAAGUUCUCUAUGCACGAGAGAUACAGCAACCCCAGACGAUCGUUUCGGCCUUGUUAGGCAUCAUCGGUGAGGCAUAGCUGAUAUCUUUCUAGGCACCGUGAGCAAGGGGUCCACGUCUGGAUUACCCUUUAAACUUAUGUAGAGCAAAAAACGGGUCGCAAGAGUAUUCUGAGAACGGACAGCAGCUGAAAUAGCCUGCCCUUCGGUGGGUCCCCGCUCAGAACUCAAGCUGGUUUUAGCUCAUCUUGUGCCAUUACAGAGAGAACAUAUCUGAAGCAUAUCAGACUGGUCCCACCAAUAUGGGCAGUCCAGAUCCGAAAUGCAGUCCAGAUCCGAAAUGCCGAAAUUACUUACAUUUUUUUAAAUCUCCUGCUCUGUAAAUUAUACUUAAGACUGUGGCGGACCGCCUGGCACCCCGACUGGGUACCUCCGUCAAUCGCUGCUUCCUAGUAAUCCUUGUGUACCAUAAGCACCGCACCGGACACCAAAACCACCGUAAGCCCCACAAACCACAGCAGCUUGGUUGGGGUUUCGCUGUCCUCCACCCAACCUGAACCCUAGACCAGGAUCCAGCUUCCAGUGGGUAGAUCUUUCCUAGUCCAGAGAGCGAAGUAGGCUGCUCUUACAAGAGCAAUCAUUGUGAUCCAAGGGAGUAUAGUGAUUAUAGCAAUCCCCAGAGUGAAUAUUGCUCUCCAAUCCCCCAAACAUGAGCCUAGCCUUCAUGAAUGGUAAAACAAAUCUCUUUAAUGGCAGCCACAACUGGCCUUAUAUGCAGGUUCCCAUGCAAGGUGCGCUCCCCCCUAGAGUAGACAAAAAACAUAUACACAAUUACAUUGGCUCUCGGGUCCAGGACACUCCAACAAAAUAGGUCAAUCCCUCCCCUAUGCCCGGGAGAUAAUUGAGUCAAGCACUGUACUAAACUCAAUUAUCUCCAGGCACAGAAAAUAUACAUUUUUACAAAACCUCCAAAAUACAUUAAAACACACAAACCCCCCACAAAAGUUACAUCACCCAAGAGCCCUGAACAGGGUGACCAACAUAUCCAAAGGUCACCCAGAUCAGUUCAGGGGUUCAGGAAUUUCCUGGAAGCCAUAAUUUGACCGAUCGCCCGCAUGGUCCCAUGCCGAAAACAGUUCCAUAGAAUCAGGGCUUGCUGUCUGUUUAGUUUGGUAGUUUAAAAACGAACAAACUACCGAACAGAGUCAAUAGUGUUACACUGGAGCUUGAUCCCCUUGUUCGUGGGAACGUUUCCACCGAACAGUGUCUUUCUAAGUAUUGUAGAACCGAAUGCAGGCGAUGCUGGAAGUCCAACGGUGUUCGGGAGUUUGUGUCCGUGUAGCGGAGAGCUGGUCUUUCCCAGGUUAUCUCCACUAAAGAUCCCUGUGAGGCUCAGGAACAAGUAAUAAAAUCCCAUAAAACAAUAGUCACAGCAAGUAAAGUAAUCCGCGAAUAUCCCAAUAUAGAUCCCAAUGACUGGACGACACACAGCAUCAGGAGCAGAACUGAACUAUUAAUCACACAACCUUCUUUUAAAGCUUUCUCCCAUGCAAGGGAGGGAUUCACAUUAAUUAGUACAGUAUCCAAUAGUGUAACUGUUACCUCCCACACAUAUCCUCCCCUCAAUGUGACACAUAAUCCACUUAUACCUACUGCAGUUUUACCCGAUUUCUGGAUGUACCCCAAAACAGUCAGAAUUAUAUAAUGGGUACCCCUGGUAGCCCUGAUCUGGGCGACUAACAUAUUCAAAAUUCACCUAGAUCGGACCAGGGGUUCGGGAGUUAGGUGGAAGAGGCAAUUUGACCGACCGCACACGAGGCAGUAUCCGAAAAAGGCUCUGUGUGUUUUGGCCUUGUGGUCGGUCUCUGUUCGGGAGAUAAAAUACAUAGAAAUACUUGCCAUCCAAAGUUAAAUCGGUAUUCGUAUGAAUUCCCUUGUUCGGGAUAUUUAUUUUACCGAACGAGGGGCUGGUUGGCCCAUCCGUUCGGGAGUUUCGGAGCUCUGGCGGUCUCAGCGGUGUUCGGGUAAUUGAGUGUACUAUUUGAGUUCCAGACACUCGACGACCAAACACCGCUGAGAUUUUCUUGCGUAAGAUGGCCGCCGCCAUGCGGCUCAUAUGCCGAACGGUGACCACCCAGAUAUAUACAAAGUAACGAUUGCAUGGUCAAUUAGUUUGCGAUUACAGAGUGUGAAAGCUCAACGAGGUGGGGUGGUCUGAUGGUUCAGUAGUUUUCAUUUGUAUGGAACACGGAAUGAAAACUACCAAACAAUCAGCCGAAUGCUACAUACAAUACAGCUAUACAUGGGAAUAAUUACACGAAAUGCAUUUUUAAAAUGAACUUUGAGGACAGCCCAAUGCCAUCCGCUACAGUGCGUUUUCAGUUACAUGAGAUUCAUGCCCAAACACCGCUCUCUGCGUUUGCGGGAACAAGAUGGCCACCACCUUGUGGUCAUCCAUAGGAAUUGCGUCCACCCAGACGAACACUUAGAACACUUUGGUGGAAAUUGCUACACAGUAGCAAUUAGGAUUAACAAGCUCCAGGGUGGUCUCCAGUUCGUGCGGCUUUUCGGUUCCCGUACCAAAUAUAAAAUCCCACGAAACAAGUCUGUUCACAUAGUUUUUGAAAGGGCCCAUAGUCUUUUGGUAAGAGGCUGGCCCGCAGGCCCCUCCAAGAACACGUGACGAGGCUCAGUUAAUCACAAGUCACACUCAGGAGACUGCUGCUGUAUCUAGCAAGCUAUUAAUGGAGAUAAGAAAUUAAACAGGAAGUAUAAACAUUAGAUCUCUAUUUACAGAAAGUGUUAGGAAGGCUGUGAAAGUCACAAGCAGGGAGGUGUGGCUAGGGCUGUAAAAUAAAUGGGAUUUAACUCCGAAACAGGCGAAAAUUGAGCAGUGAGACAUGAUAUAUACACCAAAACUACUUUGUUAAGCUAAAGUUGUUUUGGUGACUAUAGUGUCUCUUUAAUGAAACUGAAAUGUUUAUUCACUAGAAAUGUUGGUUAAAAUAACCAAGCAGUAGCUAAGUUGGCGGACUCUGUUACACCGUAAGCCAUGCUUUGUCUGCCUAUUCCCUGUUUAUUCUAUAAAACCCUAAUCAGAGUGACUGAAUCUGCCCCUUUGUGUCUCUGUGCAGGAGCAGAUGGAGGAAUUCAGGAGUAGCUGUGACAUGGCAGAGGGCUGGGUCCUGCUCUGCCGGCUGGAUGAAGGGGGUGACAGGCUGGUACCUGUGGAGUCUACAGAUAAAACGACCAGGCAGCAGCAGAUUUUUGGAAUGAAUUACCGGCCCAUGAGCAGGUAAAUGGCCACAUGUGUGUUACAGAGUUACUUUUAGGAUGGCUAUAUAUAUAUUGAGUGGUGAGAAGCCUCUGAUUGCUGUAUUUUUGGGAAAGAGCAGAAUGCUGCAGACAUCAUGUCUUCAGCUUUUGCAAGUUGCUUUAUUUUUAUAUACCCACAAUAAAACUUGCAGAAAAAAAGAAUCCAUAAGUGUUUUAUUUGGAGAUCUAUCUACUGAUAUAAAAAAAUCAACGGAGUGUUCCAUUAAUCUAGUGAGAACUGGCAUUAGUUUGGCAUAGACCAUGGUACAUCAGUGUUGUGGCAAGCUGAUACAAUGUAUGAUGGUAUCCUCUAACUAAAUCUCCUAUAUUUCAUGUCUGAGUCUGGAGGUUUUAACAACAAGAUUUUGUUAAAAAAAAAAAAAAUUAUCUUAUUUAAUUUGCAUGCUUUGCUGUGUAAAGCCAGUUAAAGUAUGUACAUUAGUUAACUCUUGCUUUGCCAUACACCUGGUGCAGGUGUACGUGUGGGUUUCUGAACCUGAGGCAUCAUGGGAUGGCAAAGUCACUGCAACACCUAUGUGCUGUGGGGGUAAAUAUGUUUUUUUUUAUUUACCUCAGCUGCAUUAUUCACCCCAGUAAAUGCUGACAUAUUGUUCAUUGUGGUGAAGGAACAAGGAACCGGUUAUUCUCUGGGAGUGACAGUUCCUUCUUCAGGCAGGCUGGGGUCUCGAUGAUAAAUAUUGAGGGCCACGCACCCCUCAGGCUUGCUGUUUAAUAACCCUGCUUUCACAUGUCUAUAUCUGAUUCUAGCCUGUUCCAUUUGUAGGUGGGAGGACGUUGUGGACAUAGUUUACUCCAAGCAUUUAGGUGAGAAACCCAGAAUCACCCCUCCGGAUGAGGAAGCCGUGCAGAAACUGAGGUAGUACCUUGUGAUCUUUCCAUCUUCUAACCGGCCAUUAGACGGGGAGACCAAUAACCCACCACUAGCAGAAUAAGAAACAUCUCUCACCCCCUUUAUCAUCACACUGUCAAUAGGGGGCACACGUUUAGUGCCCACACUAACUGGGUGUGGACCUCUCACCCACCGCCACCCUUCUCCUAGACAGAACCGCCCCCUUAGUUUUACCUUUCUCUUUGGAACAUGUUUAAAUUAUCCUCGUUUCUCUAAAGGACACAUGGUUAUUUACUAAAAUGAGAAUUCAGAAUGAAUUUCAAAUAUAAGGUCCAAAUAGCCGAGCUGGAAAAAUUCUCGAAAUCAUGCUUUCAAGUCGGCUACUCUGGCCUUAAAUUUGACGUUCAUUUUUAAUUUUCACUUUAGUGAAUAAGCUGACAAGGUUCCCUUAUCAGUCUGUCUGACACCAGCUCUUUUUCCAUAGACACUUUGCUUUCUCCCCAUCGACCUGCAAUCCUCCACAUUUCAUCCCAGACACGCAGGUUGCAAGUCACUGCCAGCAUUCGUUGAACUAGAUGAUUUGUCCCAGGUUAACAUUUAGAUUAGUAAUGGCAAGACUUGGCACCCCAUUACUGACCUCAGGGCUUGACUGUCACAUAGUCCUUUCAUUUAUUUAUUGCUUCAGUUACUUUGUCACAUCCAUCUCUAUGUCACCUCUACGGGGAAAUGUAAUACAUUGUUAACAUGUAUAACUUGGAGGAAAGAUGAGACAGGGGGGAUAUGAUAGAAACAUUUAAAUACAUAAAGGGAAUCAACACAGUAAAGUAGGAGACUUUAUUUAAAAGAAGAAAAACUACCACAACAAGAGGACAUAGUCUUAAAUUAGAGGGACAAAGGUUUAAAAAUAAUAUCAGGAAGUAUUACUUUACUGAGAGGGUAGUGGAUGCAUGGAAUAGCCUUCCAGCUGAAGUGGUAGAGGUUAACACAGUAAAGGAGUUUAAGCAUGCGUGGGAUAGGCAUAAGGCUAUCCUAACUAUAAGAUAAGGCCAGGGACUAAUGAAAGUAUUUAGAAAAUUGGGCAGACUAGAUGGGCCGAAUGGUUCUUAUCUGCCAUCACAUUCUAUGUUUCUAUAUUAUAUACAUCUCUUUACUGUGAGCCCCCUAAGCUGGCCUUUCUUCUGAUGUCAGUGGGAGAUACUGGGCCAUGUGAAUUAAUGUAUUCCUUUCUACAGAUACCUGCCUGCCUCCUGGUCCUAUGAAUGUGAUGAAGAUUUAGUCCAUUUCCUGUUUGAUCACAUGGGGAAGGAGGAUGAGACCCUUGGAAACAUGAAGCAGUUUGUGGAGAGUAUCAAUGUUUCAUCGUCCACGGUAUGGGGGCUACUGGCUGCUCACUGUCAUUUUAGGACUGGGACUUGUGGACAUUAUGUAGGGGCCUGUUUAAAAGUCUGUCAAUGUGAUUCAUAAAGGUCUAAAGAAUCGUUUACAGUGGCAGCAUGGGCCAGCUGCAGCCUAGAGAGGGUGAUGAAUUUCAUAGCAAAUCCUAAGCAAGAUGUACUAAGGUGUGAUGAGGUGCGAGUGUGGAGUAUUGUCCAAUGCACUGAGCACAACUCAUUUUUAGUGCGUGCUGCAGGCACCAGGAAUGCCAUUGCUCACCUGUCUAAAUAUGACAACUCAGGUGAGCACGUUAUGUAUAACAACCUAGAUAAUUCCAUGCAGCAAGGUGAGGAGCGAUUCGAUGUGACUCCAUCUCAUAUUGUCCAAUGGAUGUACUUAAAAUCAACCACCGACAUCUAUACAAAACAUUCCUUAACUUUACUGCAGUUACUCUAUGCGCCUUUAUUGUAAGAAGGGAGAAUAUACCAGCAAGUGCUUUAUAUAGGGUAUUCCCUUAUAUCAGGCAUUUUUAGGGAACGGGCAGUGUUGGAUGACCUGUCGGUACACGGUAUUUCCCCAAGAUGCUCCCUUGAUGAAGGCGAAUUUGCCGAAACGUUGGGGGCUAUUUUUGGUAUUUGAUGCCUGUACCCUCCUCUCAUAUUUCCUGUUGUUCUUGGUGUGUAUCUUUUUGUUUAUCAGUAUACACAGAUAUCUAAUAUAGUGUUGCUCUGAAUUAGUGGUUAUACCACUUUUAUUGGAUCAUUUUUUGAUCAAUACUGUUUUUUUUUUUCCUAUUUUGACUUUAUCUGCAAUUAUUACUUGCAUAUUGGAUAGAGAUGUUUUAACAUUUCCAAUUCUUCAAUAUCUAUGCUGAUACCUGUUAUACGUGUGUUGUUUUUUGUGUAAUAAAGCUUUUUUGUGUUUUACUCAGUUGUGCUCCUCCUUCUAGUAUUAUAUGAUUAUAUGUAUAGCCUCUUGGAAAUGGGGCUUUUGGAGUGAGCACCUUGACUUUCAUUCAUUUUUCUUAUCUAAUGGUGACGACUAUUUUAUCGGGUGUGCCCACCUGCGCUUUGUUAAUGUACACAGUAUUUCCCCGGUCUUCAUCUGACGAUGGAGUUCCCAAUGUCACAGAUCAGGAUAGUAAUUUAAAUAAUGAUAUGAUGCGGGAAGUGGGCGCACUUACCAAGUGAUAUAAACAAUAUUCAUAUUUACACAAUUUGUAUUGAAACAAUUUUAUUCAGUAGUCAUGUACAUGGAAUAGUUUUAAUACAUUUUGUAUUUUGUGUUUGUUAUACAAUCAAACAACGCUGCUUAUUAAAGUAACGCUUCUUUACUAGUUAUGGUGCCAGGAGUGCCCCGUUUGAUAAUGGUUUCUAGCGGUAUUGGUCUCUGCCUCUGUGAGAGCUGGAGGUUCUCUGCUCUGAGCUAGCCACGGACAGAUAGAUUCAUUAGGGCAAAGUUUUAAAGGCAUUUUUCGUUGAUACCCACUGAAAAUCAUUUGUUCACAUGGCUAUUUACUACCAGGCAGAGGGGGCAUUGCUCUCACAUGGCUUUUAGUUUUAUUUCUCGGAGCACUUGAGUCCUCUUAAAACCACCUGUGAGUUAACUGUGACUCCUUGGAACAGACGCAGUGCUGGAGAAGUGACUCACAUUGAAUGCCCGGCCGUCACUACAUAAAUAGAUCUGUACUAUUACUUGAUUUAUUUUAGAACUUCUCUAGAAAGGUCUAGAAUACGUUGAACUGGACCAGUGACUUUGAAGCAACCUAGAUAUACCCUCAAGGAACAGAAAAAAAUUUUUCUCUUACAGAUGACAGUCUAGGCUAGUGUUUGUUCACUAAAUUCUGAAUUGCAUAGAACUUACUAGGGAAUUCCACAUUUGACACCAAACUAGCCGAUUUAAAAAAAUAGCCACAUUUGAGAAAUUCCCAUAUUGGCUAUUUUGGUCCAAUAUUUGCCAUCCCAUUUUAGUUUUCCAAGAUUCUCCGUUUAGUUCGUGUACACCUUCCUUCUUCCAGGCUUUCUAUGUGACGGUAUUUUCGUAACUCCAUGUCUGUCUGCAGAUUAUGUUAACUGGCUCUGGAUUUCGAUGGUUAAUUUUAAUCUUACUGAAGGCUCAGAUAGCUCCAGUUUUGCUGCUUCUUCCUCUGUUGGUGAAAUAAAUAAUUUUAGCAUUUUCUGACUGGUGCUCCAGUAAAUCUUAACAAAUAUCAGUAAAUAGUGCGUCACCAAUGUAUUUAAAUUAAUCAAAACUGUAAGAGCUCUGGAGUGGUAGAUGUUAUAGCAUGUAUCGUAAUUCUGGGGAAUAUAAACAAAAAAUCUCUCGUUUCCAGGAUGAAAACAAUGUGGCGUGUCUGACAGAUGGAUUCCACGAAACAUUCUGGGAAAGUGAUGGAUCCCAUGGGCAGCAUUGGAUCCAGCUCCUUAUGAAGGAAGGCACCAUCGUUAAGUAGGAACAGCUAAGUCUUACUGUUACUGUGCCAACAGCAGACCUGAUUUUAUCUGUUAAUCUGUGCAUGAGUGCCUUGCAGUGCCCGGCAUUGUGUGUCCCGCCUGUCCAACACUUCGGGGUCAAUGAGAGGAGUUAGUGCAUCAGGAAGUUCAAGUCUGUUUCCAUAUUUUAUUUUAUUUUUUAAACCAUGCCGAGCUGUCUGCAUUAUAAGCGAUCCGUAUCUAACAAAUCUGUCCUUUUAUUUAUCCUGGCGACCUAGCAGGAUGUCUCGACUUUGUGGUUAUUUCCUGAGAUCUCUUCAUUGGCUUACACCUGUAAAGAAAGCCAAGGAUAUAUAGAUCAUAUAGCUAUACUGUACGGGGCUAGGUUGCCAUUCUGUUGUUCUCCAGCUCUUAUCGAAUUUCCAUUCUCAUGAUCCUUGGCCAGAACAGGACUUUGCCAUUGGUCGACUUUUCUAAUGUAACUAAACUGUCUUUCCCCCACAGCCUCACAGCCUCUAAAAUAAGAUGCUUCACUUCAGAUGUAUCUGUGGAUUUCUCUGUUUGCAUCAUGCAUUGUGCACGUACAUCGUCAUAUUAAAGGAUUUUUUUCUAAAAAAUCUAAUGCUUCUAUUAGAUAUUCCUUGAGUAAUCUAAAAUUGCCUUUUCCCCCACUGUUAAAGGUUUAACUGUCCCUCUCUUCAUGCCCACAGGAAGCUGCUGAUUACUGUUGAUUCCACGGAUGAAAACUACAUGCCUAAACGAGUUGUGGUUUACGGUGGUGAAAGGGAGACCCUAAAGAAGAUCAGUGACGUUACCAUAGAUGAGUAAGUAUGUGCGUACUUUUCAUGCCAUACCUGGGGACAUUGAUACCCGUUCUACAACAAUUAUCGCACAGGAACUCUAUAAUUGUGAUUAUGGUUCAGCUAUCACUAUGGGCAUUCACAAAGGUAAACGGGUCAGAGUUGCCCCUUAGAUUGCUGCGAUGGUUCCCCAAGGAACUUGACAAUAUGGUAAGUUUAUUUCUAUAAUUUACUCUGUCACUCUUAUUCCUGCCUUGGCACCAGAACCGGUAUUUCAUGCAAAUCAGCUUGCAUUCCCAUGCUACUGCUAGACAAACUCCUUUAAAACAUAGGAAAUAGGGUGUUCCUCUUGAAAGUGAGAUCCUACAGUUUAAGGUUUAGGCCCACUAACUUUAAAAUAAAUAAUGUGAUGUGUUGUCACCCAUCAGUUACUCAGAGCAGCGUUCAGCUUGAGUGCACUCAAUGUCCGCACGUUAGCUGGAUAAAGCAUCUAUUUUUCUUUUCACGCGAUACAAAGAGACUGAAUUCUUCUUACUUUCUUUGUUUUCAUUAUGAAUGUAGAAGAGGUUAAUUCCUAAUUUGAUUAUUUUAACUCCGUUUAAACAUGACCAAACUAACAGUUUGUAAUUUCCUCUUUGACAGUAAUGUAAUAGGAGAUGUUUGCGUCUUGGAAGACAUGACCUGUCAUCUGCCAGUCGUAGAGGUUCGAAUUAUGGAGUGCUUCGGUAAGUGACCCUUUAUUAAUAUCACUUUAAUAACGUAAACCUUUUACUCCAUAGUGUAUGACACUCUGGCACCUUUUAUUCCCAUAGUGUAUGGCAGUCUGGGACCUUUUAUUCCCAUAGUGUAUGGCAGUCUGGGACCUUUUAUUCCCAUAGUGUAUGGCAGUCUGGGACCUUUUAUUCCCAUAGUGUAUAGCAGUCUGGGACCUUUUAUCCCCAUAGUGGAUGACAGUCUGGGACCUUUUAUCACCAUAGUGUAUGGCAGUCUGGGACCUUUUAUCCCCAUAGUGUAUGACAGUUUGGGACCUUUUAUCCCCAUAGUGUAUGGCAGUCUGGGACCUUUUAUUCCCAUAGUGUAUGGCAGUCUGGGACCUUUUAUUCCCAUAGUGUAUGGCAGUCUGGGACCUUUUAUCACCAUAGUGUAUGGCAGUCUGGGACCUUUUAUUCCCAUAGUGUAUAGCAGUCUGGGACCUUUUAUCCCCAUAGUGGAUGACAGUCUGGGACCUUUUAUCACCAUAGUGUAUGGCAGUCUGGGACCUUUUAUUCCCAUAGUGUAUGGCAAUCUGGGACCUUUUAUCCCCAUAGUGGAUGACAGUCUGGGACCUUUUAUCCCCAUAGUGUAUGGGAGUCUUGGACCUUUUAUCCCCAUAGUGUAUGACAGUCUGGGACCUUUUAUCCCCAUAGUGUAUGACAGUCUGGGACCUUUUAUCCCCAUAGUGUAUGACAGUCUGGGACCUUUUAUCCCCAUAGUGUAUGACAGUCUGGGACCUUUUAUCCCCAUAGUGUAUGACAGUCUGGGACCUUUUGUUCCUAGUCAUUCCAUCUUGCUGUUUAGCGAUUCCCAAUAUAUUCUCUGUGUCUGUAGAUGAAGGUAUCGAUGUGCGGAUCCGGGGAAUAAAAAUAAAAUCUUCAAAGGAAAGAGAUUUGGGACUCACUGCCGACAUGUUUCAACCUUCCAACCUGGUACGAUACCCACGGCUGGAGGCCACUGAUCCUGAUAUCCUUUAUCGUAGGGCUGUUAUAAUACAGAGGUAUGAUAUAUAUUUCUAAGUCUGUUACUGAUUAAAAAAAAAAACUAUUUUAGGGGGGCGUGUCCUGGACGCGGACCGGAGCAGCCGCAUGUAGCUCGAGCUCCGUGCCGCGACGGCUAAACAGGAGCCAUAAAUAACACAAAAUAGCCUCGGAUCAGACCCUGCUGCCGCCCGACGCCACAAUGUCCCAGCCAAAAAGUAAGAGGACCGGCGAGAGGGGAGAGAGGAGCAGCUUCUUUGCCUCCAGAGCAGGGCAGGGGAAGGCCUCACUCCAGGCAGAGCACCCACAAGAUGGCGCCGGAGGGGAACUGGAAACAGAGACCCAGGCUGGUGAAAAUGAAAGUGACAACCCACUGACACACAGCACUCUGAAAAAACUGCUGGAGGAAAUGUCAGAUAAGAUUGUGGGGAAAAUGGACAGCGUUAUCAAAGAUCUCAGAAGGGAACUUCAAGAUAUAGGCCGACGUACUUCACAUACAGAGGACCAAAUCUCGGAGAUGGCAGAGGCCCAUAACUCCCUAGCUGAUACGGUAGAGGGGCUGGUAACAAGACUGGAUAACCAGGACCUCAAGAUUGCGGAUAUGGAGGACCGGGCACGCCGCAACAACUUACGAGUAAGGGGAGUCACGGAAGAGGUAAAAACAGAAGACCUCACCGCCCACAUUACAGGCCUGCUGAAAGAACUGGCUCCAGACCUGCCACAAGACUUGUUCCUGUUAGACAGAAUCCACAGAACCGCCAAACCAAAAUUCCUACCAGCAGACACUCCAAGAGACAUCCUGCUACGAAUGCACUAUUAUCACGCUAAAGAAGCCAUACUUAACGCUAGCAGGCGACGGAAAGACUGGCCCACGGCCUACAGAGGGGUUACCAUAUAUGCGGACAUCUCCUCAUUCACCCUAAAGAGACGGAGAGACUUCCGAGACAUCACCACACAGCUCAGAGACAACCACAUCCCGUACAGAUGGGGCUACCCCACCAAGCUCCUGGUGAUGAGAGAGGGGAAGACCACUAUCAUCGGAACCCCGGAGGACGGCCAGCGAAUCAUGCGGGAUUGGAACAUGGAAAUUGCUCCGUCGACGGACCAGGGGAGAAACAGAGCCAAGGCCUCACAAGAAUGGAAGAAGGCGAAAAAGAGAUAAAAGACAGAGACUGUGGGUGGGAGUGCUCUACAACACCUUAAGAGCCCAAGACUACCUACCGAGAGGCAGGGUAAUGUACGACACCACAUCACACCCAUAGGGUAACUUAAAUGCUCCAGAUUGAGCAAGGGGAUAGGUGGGGGAAUCUAUACUAUAGAACAGAGGGACCAAAAGAAUUGAAAACAUAGCCUAUUAGCCCCCACCCAGACUAAAGGGUCGAACCACGUCAGCAUAACUUACCUGCCGAUUCAGAGGGGAUCAGUCAUGGGGACACCCACACGCAUUCUCUUAACAUAUACCUAACAUAGACGCAGGGGAACUGGGCCAAACUAAAGCUAUUAUAAAAAAAUAAAAUAAAAUAAUAAUAAUAAAAAAAAAAAUUUAAUAGCACAAGCAACAUGUUGUUACACACAACCAGUUUCAUUUUCCUAGGCUAUAGUCUACAGUUGGGACCUCCCAACGUGAAAAAUAGUAAUAGCCGCAGAGGGAGAGAGCUCCCAUUGGACAAGAGGUAAUGAACCUCUUCCCCCAAGGCACGACCAGGCAGUGCCUAGCCGACCUACCGGCACUAACAAGGGAUACGUAUACACAUGUAAAUAUUUUUGUUAAUGUUAUUGUUUUACUGUAUGUUGUUGUAUGCAAUGUUUAUACCCCACAAGUUUGGGGUUUUACCAACGAACAGAAGAUAGGGUUAGUGGGUAACCCAACACGAACCGCCACGCGAAUACUAGGGAGACCAAUAACAGACGAGACCACGGUCCCAGACUGUUCUACAAGCCCAACAGGGACAAUGCCCAUCACACGGGGAGCCACACUGCUCAGCUCGACACAGCUAGGGAGAGCAGGGACCCCUCAAAAUAUAGAUUACAGCGCGAGAAUUAAUAAGCACCAUUACCAUAAACCACCGUGAAGAUCUGCUCUCUUAAUGUCAGGGGCCUCAACGCACCAGUCAAAAGACACCUACUUUUCAGGGAGGCUAGAGCCCUAGGGGCAGACAUACUGUGCCUCCAGGAAACCCACUUUAAGCACAACGACCACCCACCUAUUCUUACCGCCGAUUUCCCACAUCAAUUCCACGCCACAUCACCCACGAAAACAAAGGGAGCAUCCAUCCUAAUACACAAAGCCAUCUCAUUUGCACUACACUCAGUUGACAUAGACCCGAAUGGCCGCUACAUUAUACUCACGGGGCUGUUUAAUGACAUGUUAUAUACCAUCGCCAACAUAUACUCCCCGAACACAAACCAGAGGAAUUUCUUGCAUAAAAUCCUGACCAAAAUAGACCGCAUCCAAACGGGGAUUACAGUAAUAGGGGGAGACUUUAAUCACAUAAUAGACCCACAACUAGAUACAACUCUCCCACCACACCGGAAACACCAUCGCCCCCUCAAGAGACAAUGUAGAGCCAUAGCGAAACUCCUGCAUGACCACCAUCUAUACGAUGCGUGGAGAACCACUCACCCGGUAGAAAGAGCGUACACCCACUACUCAGCGGUACAUAAUUCCUAUUCUAAAAUAGACGGCUUUCUAAUCUCAGGGUCCGCGUUAGACCAACUCCUUCAUAGUGACAUACAGCAAAUCACAUGGUCAGAUCACGCACCAGUAACCAUAGAGCUAAAAAAUAAGUACGAUUUUAAACAUCGCAGCCCGUGGAAAAUAAAUAAUUCCCUACUGAGGGAUGGUGAAUUUGUAGACUCCCUGAAGGGGAGCCUUCAAACAUAUUUCCAGACAAAUGACACAAAAGAUACCACAGACGCAACUCUUUGGCUCGCCCACAAAGCAGUAGCUAGAGGCCUAUUAAUACGUAGGGCGACGUACAUAAAAAAGACACACCAAACACAACUUAGGACAUGGCAAGCAGAACUGUAUGAGAUGAACAGACUAAACCAACACACCCCGUCUACAGAGACGAAAGCUAAGAUAGCCCAGAUCACGAAACUCAUACACCAGCAGGCGUUAGCCACAGUGACCUCCAAUAUGCAAAAGCUCAAACUAACUCAUUACGUACAGGGUAACAAAGCAAGCAGACUACUGGCACAGAGGCUAAAAACAAGACAGGCAGCUCAGAAAAUAUCUUAUCUCACAGACGAAACAGGCGCUAAAAUCUCCACUCCCAAGGGUAUAAGCGAAGUAUUUGCAAAAUACUACUCAUCACUAUACAACAUACAGGGAGACGCGCAAACAAAACACCCGACACAACUUGGUAUUGAGGAAUACCUAGAAGGGGUAAAAUUACCCAAGCUCACACCCCAACAACAGUCGGCCCUUAUUGAACCGAUAGAAAUUCAGGAGAUUAGGGACCUAAUUAAAGGCCUCCCAUCGGGUAAAUCCCCAGGACCAGAUGGGUUUGACAACCAGUACUAUAAGCAAUUCAGCACAAUACUGGCGCCCUACCUAGCCAGAAUGUUUAAGGAGGCAGCCCGCAAGGGCGAACUCCCUAAAGAAACACUGGCCGCCCACAUCGUCACACUCCCUAAACCAAACAAGGCCCCGACAAUUCCGCAAAACUUUCGACCCAUCUCCCUCCUCAAUACAGAUGCGAAGCUGUUCGCCAAACUAUACGCAAACAGAUUGGGAAAAAUACUACCACACAUAAUCCACAAUGACCAAGUGGGCUUCAUCAAGGGAAGACAGGGGGCGGAUAAUACCAGGAAGGUUAUUAACAUCCUCCACCACCUGAAAAAUCGGCGACGGGGGGGACUGAUGGUCUCCCUCGACGCCGAAAAAGCCUUUGACCGCCUCCAUUGGGGGUUUCUUAGAGCAGUGCUGCACAAGUUCGAGAUCCCCUCGGGGUUUGUGUCGGUGGUACAGGCCCUAUAUAGCAAGCCCUCAGCAAGAGUAAUUAACGCAGGAUUCCUGUCCGAACCGUUCCAACUCACGAAUGGCACGAGGCAGGGCUGCCCCUUGUCCCCCCUGUUAUAUGUCCUAGCGCUGGAGCCGCUGGCGAUCAAAAUACGGGAAAACACUGCGAUCCACGGUUUGGAGAUAGGAGCUAGAGAAUACAAAACAAAUUUGUUCGCUGAUGACAUACUCCUCACACUUACACAACCGCACAUAUCACUACCAAAUCUCCUGCAGGAAAUAGAAAGAUAUGGGGAGCAAUCAUACUACAAAUUAAAUGUCAUGAAAACCCAAGCUAUGGGGAUAGGGAUACCACAUCACACCAUAGACCACCUAAAACUCUCAUUCCCAUUAGACUGGAGAGAGGACCACCUCACGUUUCUGGGUCUACGGAUCCCAAAGACUCCACAAGGUCUGUUGGACCUUAACUAUGGCAAACUACAGGGGGAAAUAAGCGACACACUGAAGAAAUGGGAAGACAAAUAUAUGUCAUGGGUGGGGAGACUGGCGGCAGUGAAGAUGAUGCUCCUACCAAAAUUUCAAUACUUAAUUAGAACUCUACAGAUCCCCCUACCAAACACAUACUUGAGACGGCUGCAAAGCACCAUCACUAACUUCGUUUGGGCACACAAAAAAAUACGUGUAGCCACGAAGAUUCUCACUAGAACCCUAGCUCAGGGAGGGUUGGGAAUGCCAGAGCUACAGAGGUACUACAGAGCGGCACUAAUGACCACAGCCCUACAAACACACACUGCCCAAAACCCACCACAAUGGAUAGAAAUGGAAUCAACCUGGUCCUGUCCCAAAGGUCUUAAAUACCUCCUCUGGGUACCACACAGGCUACGCCCACCCCUCCCAGAAAUACCAGCAACCACUGAUAUCCUAUUGAAAACCUGGGAUAAAUCUAAGCCAAAACUUGGAUACAACACCGACUGGGCGCUGGCCACUCCCAUAUACAGCAUACAUUUAGCAUACCCUGCUUUUGACCACCGUACGUGGUUGGCAAAAGGAUGUACCCUAGUUCGACACCUGUACGGGCAGGGACAACUGAGACACUUCCCAGACCUACAAGUAGAAUACGACCUGCCACAAAGAAUGAUAUUUUCAUACUUGCAACUAAAGGGAAUAUUAACACACGACACCUCCCUAAACAUACCGCAACAUACACAAAGUGUAGACAGAGCAUGUAUAUCGAUGACCAUGCCUAAGAAACCACUCUCGCUACUAUAUGCUCUGCUCAGUGACUCCAACCAACAACUACAGACAGACAAUUUUAGAGACGCAUGGCACAGUGACAUAGGUACAAUAUUCACAGAUGACCAAUGGACCCUGGCUUUUACGGCCCAUAAAGGCAGAUCCAGAUGCGCAUCACACCUAGAGCUCAUGCGCAAGAUACAAUAUAGAUGGUACCUGGUGCCAACGAGACUGGCGACCAUUUACCCUAACUCCUCCAAACUAUGUUGGAGAUGCUUAGCAGGAGAGGGCACAAUGUACCACAUUUGGUGGACCUGCCCAAGGCUUAAGGAAUACUGGAACAUGGUGGAGGCAACAGUUAAGGGAGCGUUGAGAGUCGAUACUAAGCUAAGACCAGAAUGUGCCUUACUAUUUAUAACACUGGACUCCCAUCCAAAACCACAAGCGAGCUUAUUAUUUCACAUCUUAACAGCAGCAAACCUCUUGUUAGCAAGGAGGUGGAAACAGACACAGACACCCACUAGGUCUGACCUGAUAGAACAGACGUCACUCAACCUGACCUACGAAAUAGGGACUAGUCAACAGUUCCACCCAGCAAAACAUAUCAUACAAGCCAAAGAGGAGUGGGAAACCUACAUAUCACAGACUGGGGAGGGGAUAUAGAUAAAAAAAAAAAAAAAGAGGCUGGACUUAGAGACACCAGACGGAGAGUGCAAGACGAACAGGGCGACCACUAGAAUAGAGGCCUAGAGCAGGAGGCCCCCACAAAAGACCAAGAUAUCUGGGAAUUGCCCAAACAAUACACCAGCGCGAAGACGUCGCGGAAUAUGAACCCACAAUGUACAUAGUUCGAGGGGUAAAGACCCAAGCACCACGCUGCAAAUAACAAAUGAAGCAUGACAAUGAAACAAGAGCAGUACGGGCAUGGUGCCGGGUCCACACACCCUCCUCACCCCCCCUCCAUACCCACCUCUCCUAAUCCCCCCCCAAACUGAGGCGACAACUACUAGCCAAAGGGUAUGCAAGAUAGGAGAGAAUACCACAGGUUGAAUGGAUGGACCCCGACCCACCCCACUAGUAACAAAACUCCACCAUAUAAGACCAAGUUCGUUAGGACUGUCUAACAUGUAUAAAUAUGAAGAUGACUAAUGCACACUAACCGCUUACCCUCCCCUUCUUCUUUUCUGUACCCCCCACUAUAUUAUACGCAUUAACAAUACAAACAUGAGAAGAAGAAGAAAAAAAAAAAAAAAAACGUAAUGGAGUGGGUCCUCCACCACUAGACAGGAAUGCUCCUAGACAAAGACCACUAAGCGACCAACUGUAUAAGACGUACAUCAGAAAAACACAUAAAUAUGCCUAGUAUGUCAAAUGAAUAAUUAAUACUACAACACCUCCUCUGUAUCAUUUAUUGUGCAUGUAUUAAUGUUUACCCCAUCCCACUUUUCCUUCUGUACCCCAACAUCCUAUGAAAAACAAAUAAAAAUUGUCAAAUUGAAAAAAAAAAAAAAACUAUUUUAACGCAUAAUUAUUAUUAUGCUUUGGAGAGAGUUCAGAGAAGGGCUACUAAACUGGUUCAUGGAUUACAGGAUAAAACUUACCAGGAAAGGUUAAAUGGGCCGAAUGGUUCAUAUCUGCCGUCACAUUCUAUGUUUCUAAUACAGAGGUAGAACAUGGCAAAUCGUGCCCAUGGCAGGUUUAUGUUUAUGUAUUUAUAGAUAUAAUCUGUAGUCUGUGCUGGUCAGAUCCGCUAUCAGGUGUAUAGAUUACAUACAUUUCCCUAAAGAUCACAUCCAACAGGCGUCCUCAAUAUAUGUGAUUCCCAACAACAAAUUCUGUUAACACUCUACACAGUGACUAAUAUGUGAAAAACUAUAGCAACUAAGUGUAUUUAUUUUUUAAUUAUACUCGCAUGCGUUUUCUUUUUUCCAAGGUAUAUGUAAAUAUAAAAAUGAAGAAACUUCGUUUAAUACCAUAAAAACAAUGUAUUCUGUAAAUCCUACUGUUACAUAAUGCAUAGCGUGUAUCUAAAUCUUUAAAUGACAAACAAAGAGAAAUGGCGACUAUUGUCUGCAGAAACUACACUGAAUAAAAAGCAGAAUGUCUGUUCGUGAUACCCACUACAAUAAAGUAUAGGCAGAGAAUAAAUAAAUUAAACGGCUUGGCAGUAAAGACUAUGAAUGUCAACAUACAUCCUGAGAACAGUCUGUCUAGCUAGAGAGAGUUGCGUUUUAAAAUCUAAGGCUAUCUCACUGUCUCUGUGUUUCACAGGUUUGUGAAGCUCCUGGAUAGCGUUUUGCAUCAUCUUGUUCCUGCCUGGGAUCACAGCAUUGGUACAUUCAACCGGCUGAAGGUAAGACGAUGCCGAGCUAACUGCAAAAUGCAUAGGGGAAGGCGGGUAGUAUAUAGCCAGUCAUUCUUCUGCUUAUAACAAUCCUCUCUAAUACAACACAAUAUCCUUUCUAAUACAAUAAAAAGUAAAUAAAGGAACGUAUUAUCACUCAUAUCUUACUGUUUAUCCCUGAAACAUGGUUCAUACAUCGAACAUUGCCUCCCCUGGGCUCCAUCCUGCCCCUAACCCUCUCCUAGAACCCAUGUAGUGGGUGAUCAGUUUGCAGCUCAUCUUCUGUAGCCAAAUAAAACAAUGAUUAUCUUUAACAAGCCACCUUGUGGCUAAGAGUCUGAGAGUUGUAGUCCUCUUUGAUGUUGAUCUGGACAUUCUGCAUGGAAUGCUAUUUGUUCAAACUGUUUAGCCAGUUCCCUGGUAUUCCUUUCUUUUCUUUCAGGACUUAUCUUUCAGUAUGUCAAUUUACCAUCCAUUCUGUCUCAGUAUUGUUAGGUCUCCUUUAUGAGUACACCUAGUGUUAGUAUUGCAGUUGCAAGAAAAAGUAUGUGAACCCUUGUGAUAUGGAUUUCUGCACAAAUUGGUCAUAAAAUGUGAUCUGAUCAUCAUCUAAGUCACAACAAUAGACAAUCACAGUCUGCUUAAACUAAUAACACACAAAGAAUGAAAUGUUGCCAUGUUUUUAUUGACACACCAUGUAAACAUUCACAGUGCAGGUGGAAAAAGUAUGUGAACCCCUAGACUAAUGACAUCUCCAAGAGCUAAUUGGAGUGAGAUGUCAGCCAACUGGAGUCCAAUCAAUAAGAUGAGAUUGGAGGUGUUGGGUACAGCUGCCCUGCCCUAUUAAAAACACACACCACACCAGUUCUGGGUUUACUUUUCGCAAGAAGCAUUGCCUGAUGUGAAUGAUGCCUCGCACAAAAGAGCUCUCAGAAGACCUACGAUUAAGAAUUGUUGACUUGCAUAAAGCUGGAAAGGGUUAUAAAAGUAUCUCCAAAAGCCUUGCUCUUCAUCAGUCCACGGUAAGACAUAUUGUCUAUAAAUGGAGAUAGUUCAGCACUGCUGCUACUCUCCCUAGGAGUGGCCGUCCUGUAAAGAUGACUGCAAGAGCACAGCGCAGACUGCUCAGUGAGGUGAAAAAGAAUCCUAGAGUGUCAGCUUAAGACUUACAAAAGUCACUGGCAAAUGCUAACAUCCCUGUUAGCGAAUCUACAAUACGUAAAACACCAAACAAGAAUGGAUUUCAUGUGAGGAUACCACAGAGAAAGCCACUGCUGUCCAAACAAAACAUUGCUGCACGUUUACAGUUUGCACAAGAGCACCUGGAUGUUCCACAGCAGUACUGGCAAAAUAUUCUGUGGACAGAUAAAACCAAAGUUGAGUUGUUUGGAAGAAACACACAACACUAUGUGUGGCGAAAAAAAGGCACAGCACACCAACAUCAAAACCUCAUCCCAACUGUGAAGUAUGGUGGUGGGGGCGUCAUGGGGCUACUUUGCUGCGUCAGGGCCUGGAUGGAUUGCUAUCAUCGAAGGAAAAAUGAAUUCCGAAGUUUAUCAAGACAUUUUGCAGGAGAACUUUAGGCCAUCUGUCUGCCAGCUGAAGCUCAACAGAAGAUGGGUGUUGCAACAGGACAAUGACCCAAAGCAUAGAAGUAAAUCAACAACAGAAUGGCUUAAACAGAAGAAAAUACACCUUCUGAAGUGGUCCAGUCAGAGUCCUGACCUCAACCCGAUUGAGAUGCUGUGGCAUGACCUCAAGAAAGCGAUUCACACCAGACAUCCCAAGAAUAUUGCUGAACUGAAAGAGUUCUGUAAAGAGGACUGGUCAAUAAUUACUCCUGACCGUUGUGCACGUCUGAUCUGCAACUACAGGAAACGUUUGGUUGAAGUUAUUGCUGCCAAAGGAGGUUCAACCAGUUAUUAAAAACGGUUCACAUACUUUUUCCACCUGCACUGUGAAUGUUUACAUGGUGUGUUCAAUAAAAACAUGGCAAGAUUUCAUUCUUUGUGUGUUAUUAGUUUAAGCAGACUGUGAUUGUCUAUUGUUGUGACUUAGAUGAUGAUCAGAUCACAUUUUAUGACCAAUUUGUGCAGAAAUCCAAAUCAUUCCAAAGGGUUCACAUACAUUUUCUUGCAACUGUAUAUGAUCUAAUCUAAUGUCUGGUUAUACUUAGAAAUGUCUUUAUCUUCAUUCAUGCUCUCUGUCUCCAUAUCCAGUAUAUCAAACAGUUUCUCCUGCUGUCCAAGCGCCGCUCUCCGUUAAUUACACAAUGCUUGAAGGACUCUGAAACCAGUAAACCCAACUUCAUGCCGAGACUGUACAUCAACCGCCGGCUGGCCGUGGAGCACCGCGACAAUCCCCUGCUGGACCCCACUUAUAAGAAGACAGUUUUUAGUCAGGUGAGCUAAGGAUGCAACAGCUGAAACUUAGUAUCAGGGUAACUGCUCGACUAGAUGGGUGCAUUAUACACGUCUUCGCAGACUUCAAUAAAAAAUAAACCUGAUCAAUUUUCUUUAAACCAGCAUCCAAUGAUUAGCUACUCUCUACUACCAUUCCCAUACAAGCACAGGGUUAGGAGAACUUGUAUAUUCUAUGUGGAGAACAAAUGAUGAGAUUAUACAUUUUUUUUUUUUUUGUAAAUAUAUGUUUAUUGGCACAUUUCGUGUACAGAAAGAAAAAGGCAUAGCAUUGAGACUCGCAGGUCUCCGUUGUUGUCUUGCGGUGUGUUUACAGAGCAAUUGCCAGCACAUUGAGACUCGCAGGUCUCCAUUAAUUUAACCAUGAAUAUAGAACUGUGUAAAAUGACAAACGUGAAAAACAUGUUGACCGGUCCAUUUCUGUGUCUUGCCCUUCCGCAUUUACACUCUUUCUUAUAUAUUUUUGUACAGUUGCAUGUUCUGUUGGGCUCGUAUGCCCGCGAUUACGUCAGUCCCACAAGUCCCUUGUGAAUGUUGCGUGUGUGUGUAUGUCUCCGUUACUCGUGCCUGUUUGUGAGAGUGUCGCGUGACAGCCAGGGUCCUAUGAUCCGCCUCUCUCACCCCCUCCCCUCCUCGGGAUGCCCUAUUUAGUUGAGGUGGUCUCCUCGUCUAUGUGACAGGGCCUCCCUUGUCUUUUUGUGUGUUUGUUGGGCCUUCUAGUGUCGUUUAGCCCCUGUUGCCGGAGGUAGACCUGCCCCUGUGUGGCUGUCUUCCCCUCUCCUCUCUGGGUUUGUAGCCUCCUGCAGCUAGCUAUGUGGUGGUAGUUAUGUCAUGUUAGUAAAUUCGGGGUCUGUUGUCUUCAGGAUCCAAUGUGUCCAAGUGUUAAGGUACACUUGGAAUGUAUCGUGAGCUUUGUGGUGGAGCUCCUCUAGUGAUCUCAAUUCUUCCAUUUGCGUAAACCAAACUCUCACAGGGGGGGUGACCUGUGUUUUCCAAUACUGUGGUAUGAUCAUUUUGGCCGUGUUCAGUAUGCGAAUAGUAAGUGACCUCUUAUAAGCUGUUCGAGGGGUUUUAGUGUGGUGUAAGAGCAUGACUGCUGGGUCAAAUGGGACUGGGUCGUCUGUAAACUUUGUCAGUAUUUUGUGAAUCUCAGACCAGAAUGGGGCUAUCUGUUUGCACGCCCACCAAAUGUGUAAGAGUGUGCCUCUGCCCUCCCCGCAUCUCCAGCACUGUGGGGGGUGGGAUGGAACUCGGGCAUGUAGUGACUCAGGAGUGUGGUACCAGUGUGUCAGUAGUUUAUAUGCCGUUUCCUGUGUCUUGCUGUAGCUAGAGCAGUGAUGUGUUAAAUAGCAGAUUUUCUCCCAUUCCACUUUGUCAAAGGUCUGGCCCAGUGCCGCCUCCCACUUCCCCAUGAACCGUGGUUGGGCAAUUGGUGUGAGUGUUAUUAGUAGGGUGUAUAGUGCCGAUACCCCAUGUGCUAGUGGGUUGGGUUCCAGGCAUAGAUUCUCGAAGGGAGUGGUGGCCCUAUGUAGUGCCGGUCCCUGCGGGAGGGAUGUAAUGUAACUCCGGAUCUGUUUGUAUUUGAGGCGUAUUAGGAAAGUGUGUUCUUCAUUCCCCCUCAGAUCCUUGAGUGUCUUUAUGCCGUCAGUGGUUUGUAUGUGUCUAAGUCUGGGUAGCGGGUCCUGUAUUAGGUCUUUAAAUGCGUUGGGGUCCAUCCCCAGCAUGAACUCAGGGUUGUGUGUCAGGGGUAUUAAUGGUGACGGGUAUGAUGUUAGGCCAUGUCUCCCUUUGGAGCGGUGCCACUCCCUUAAGGUUGCCCUCGUGUAGGGGGACUGAGACCCUUCCCCCGUCUGGGCCCCGGGUGGCAGCCACGGUAGGACUUCUACCGGGACGCCCGCCUCGUGUUCCUCCACUUGCUUCCACUGUUUUUGUGUUCCCGUUUUUGUCCAUUCCAUGAUUCUCAUGAGAUGGCAUGCUCUAUAGUAUAGGUUGAAGUCUGGCAGUGCCAGUCCCCCCCUGUCUUUUGGUUGUGUGAGUAGUGUGUGGCGCAGCCUGGGCCGUUUCCCGUUCCAGACAUAUUUGAUGAGGGCUGAGCGUAAUGUGGUGAAGAACGCUCUGGGGACCGUUAUGGGUAUGGUUUGGAACAAGUAGAGAAGGCGUGGUAGAAAGUUCAUCUUCACUACUUGUAUCCUGCCUAGCCAGGAGAUAUGUGGGUAUGCCCACUCCUGCAUCUCCAAGUGCAUCUUCUCAUGCAUUACUGUGAAGUUUUCCUUAUAUAGAUCCCCUUCCCGUUUUGUUAGCCAGAUGCCUAGGUAUUUAAUUUUAUGUGUUGCCCAUUGGAAGGAGUAGUGUUGGCGCAUGGGUUCUGCUCUGCGUUCUGGGAUGUUAAUGUUAAGUAUAAAUGAUUUGGAGAGGUUUAUUUUAAAAUUGGAGAGUCUGCCGAAGUCCUGGAAUGCCUUCAGUAUAUUGGGGAGAGAGAUUUCUGGGUUAGUUACGUAAAACAACAAGUCAUCAGCAUAUGCUGCUGUUUUGUGGUGUGUCGUUCCUGUCUGCAACCCCGUGAUGUCCAUGUUGUUCCUAAUGGCCACCAGCAGGGGCUCCAGAGCUAGGACGAAGAGGAUCGGGGACAAGGGGCAACCCUGGCGCGUGCCGUUCCGUAUGUCGAACGGCUCUGUCAGGGCUCCAUUAACUACCACCUGCGCGGAAGGUUGCUGGUAUAGCGCCUCUAUCCAUCCCCUGACACCUGGGCCCAGCCCGAGGUGGGUCAGGGUCUGGAAGAGAUAUUUCCAUCCCACCCUGUCGAAGGCCUUCUCCGCAUCCGUGGAUAGCAGGAGAAGGCCUUCCCUGGCCCGCCUUUUCCCGUGUAUCAGUGUGAGGGUGCGUAUUGUGUUGUCACGUGCCUCCCUCCCCAUCACAAAUCCCACCUGGUCAGGGUGCACCAGGUUGGGCACAUGCAUCUGCAGUCUGGUCGCCAGGAUUUUGGCUAAUAGUUUUAAGUCGUUAUUUAUGAGCGAGAUGGGGCGGUAACUUCCGCAUCGCUCCCUAUCCCUGCCCUCCUUAGGGAGUACCGUGAUGUGCGCUGCCUGGGAUUGCCUAGGGAAGUGGUGUCCCUCUUUGAUAGCGUUGAAUGUCAGUGUGAGUGGGGUGUAUAGGAUGUCUGCGUACGCCUUGUAAUAACAGAGCGGCAGGCCGUCUGGGCCCGGGCUUCUGCCGGGUUUUGUUUGUUUCACGGCUGCUGCUAUUUCCUCCUGUGUUAUCUCCCCGUCUAGGGACUCAGCAGUGUCCCUGUCUAGGGUGGGCAUCGAGUGUGCGGUCAGAUAUUCUGCAAUGGAGUCUGUUAGGCGUAAGUCCGCCCGGUGGUCCUGUGGCCUUGGGAGAGCGUAUAGGUUUUCAUAGUACGCCCGUAUGACUUCCUGUAUCUUCCGGGGUAGUCUGUGUAGUGUAUUUGUGUCGUCCCUAAUCCUGUCAAUGUAUGUCUGUUGCCGACGUUUGGUCAGCAUGCGUGCCAGCAGCCUGCCACUCUUAUUGCCAUGUAAGGCAAAAAACGCCUUGUGUCGCAACGCGUCUCGGUGGUACCUGGACUGGAGUAUUUUAGUGAGUUCCCUUCGCAAUGUGAGCAGUUGUCCUUGCAGUUCAGGUGUCUGUUUAUUUUUGUUAAGUGUGUCUAGCUCCCGUAUUUUCGUCAGUGUGUUGUUCAUGGCCGCUUCCCUCUGUUUUUUCAUGGUAGCGCUCUUUUGGAGGAAAUGACCUCUGAUCACGCUCUUAUGUGCCUCCCACAUGAUGGUUGGGGAGGUGUGGUCUGGUGUGUUUAUGGCGAAGUAUUCUCGGAGAAUUGCUCCGAUGUCAUUUUUAACCUCCGGUACUGAGAGGAGGUAUUCGUUUAGGUGCCACUUGGCCACUUUAGGUCUGUAGAGUGGGGACAUUAGCUUGAGGGUUACGGGGGCGUGGUCUGACCAUGUUGCUGUGCCAUGUUCCACCUGUGUGACUAGUGGUAGGUGAUGAUGUGUGAGUAGGAAGUAAUCUAUUCUGGUAUAUGUGUUGUGUGGAUGUGAGAAGUACGUAUAAUCCCUCUCAUCCGGGUGGUGUGCUCUCCAGCUAUCUACCAAUUUGUAUUUGGAUAUGAGAGUUUUGAGUGCGGUCAAGUGUUGUGUUGGGAUAUGUGAUCUACCUGUGGAUGAGUCCCAUUUCGGGUCCAAUGCUAAGUUAAGGUCCCCUCCUACCACCAGGAUUCCCUCCGCGAACUCCUGUACCCUGCGAAGGAUUCCUGACAGGAAUCUAUAGUGUCGUUGGUUGGGAGCAUAUAUAUUGGCAAAUGUAUACAUUUGUCCCGCUAUCGUGCCUUUGACAAGGACGUAUCUGCCUUCCCGGUCUGUCUGUAGUCCCUGCUCCUGAAAGGGUGUUCCCCUAUGAAUUAGUAUCGCCGUUCCCCGUGUCUUCCCCCCCUGGUAAUCACUAUAAUAUCCUAUGGGAUAGUGAUGGUUUUGUAACUUCGGCCUUGCCCCUUCCCUAAAGUGUGUCUCUUGGAUAUAUACAAUGGAGGCCCCUGUAGCGUGAAAUUCUUUGAGGGCUGACGACCGCUUUUCGGGUUUGUUUAGACCCCUUGCGUUUAUGGUGACUAUAGUGAGGUUAGCUGGUAUUAGCGUCAUAUUUUGAGGGGUGUCUGCAGGUCCCAGACCCGGGCUGUCCCGCGAUUGGGGCUGUGGUCUAGUGUGAGUGUGUAUACGGAUGUGUCCGUGUGUAUCCGCCGCGCGUGCAGCGUUAAGGUAUCCGCGUCUGGGCAGCCGGGUAGGCCGCUCUUAACUUUGGCGCUCAACCCUUAUGGGGGUGGAGGGAAUACCCAGGCCCUUGGUCUGGUCUAUUCGUGUGUGAGUGACUUACGUCUGACGUCUCGCCCUGCGUGGCUCCGCUUGUGAAUGUGCAUUUAAUGUGCAACUUCGCCUAGAACAAGUGUGGCAUCUUUACUGCUGUGGAAACUUGGUUGGUGCAACCGUGUUUUCAACUGUAAAUCAACUUCCCGGUGAAAGAGAAAAACACCCCCCCCCCAAACCUAUAUACAUGUGCAAGCGAACCCAGUUGGUUAUCCCGUGCCUCAUGGCAUGGUUCCCUUACUGCCAUCCCCCUUGGUGCUGAGUGGGAAGUAGCCGUCCGGCCAUCCCCCUUGAGUGCAUGGAGCCCUACGUGGCUUCCCUCCCAGGACCUGCUCAUUUUGCCUCCCUACCCGGGGUGUCAUCCCGGUGUUUGUGUGUGUGUGUGGUUGUCUUGUCCCCCUGUUACCCAGUCCCUUCCUGCGCCUGUGUUCUCUGUCUCCUCCUCCUCCUCCUCCUCCUCCUCCUCCUCCUGGAUGUCUGGGCGAGACGGAUCGCCGUGCCCCCACCUGCUCCAAGUGUGGUCAUCACAGGUUUAUCAAGGGGAGCACGGAGGUCCGUGUCGACCGUCCUCCAUCCAUCCACAAGUACCCCUCCCCCGCAGUUACUCUGAACCUUCCCAGUUGCUUUGGUCUGAUGCCUUCCCCCCCCGAUCAACAUUUUGCAUGUCCUGAUAGGUGAGCUUUGGUAUGGUUAGUCCCUCGGGCCGGGUAAACCCCCGGGUAAUAUACUUGCGUGUGCUCCGUGGGCUUAUGCUAAUGUUAGUCCUCUCUUUCCUGGAACGGGCUCCCCGAAAUGUUCUUUAGUGGGACUCUUGGGGGCUUGGCUGGGGGUGCAACAUUUCCUGCCCUCUGGUCAGAGUCCUCUCGGGCCUGUCGCCUGUUUGCGGGUGGUCCGCGGGAGCUGGGUGUCCGCCGUGCAAGUCUCCGGUCCAGGGGCCGGAGUGUAUAGAGCCAGAGGAUCUGGCCACUGCAGUGGAGCCGGUGUGAUGUGCAGCUCCCUCCCGAGGGCGGUCAUGUCGGCCUCUGUCUUCACUAGAAAGGAGCCUUUGUGUGUGUGUACCAGCAGCCCUGUCGGGAAGCACCAACGGUAUUUGACUCUGUUCGUCUGUAGCUGUCUGGUGAACGGGCGCAGUGCCCUACGGUACGCCAGGGUGGCGGGGGAGAGGUCCGGGUACAGUUGGAUCUCUGCCGAACCCAGGUACACCCUACCCUCCUCUCUGGCCUUCCUCAGGAUAUCUUCCUUCUGCUGGAAAUUUGCCAAGCAGCAUAUGGCAUCUCUUGGUUGGCUUCCCGGGGGGCCUUUCGGUCUGAGGGCCCGGUGUGCUCUCACCAUCUCCAGGGGUUCCCGUGGUGCGCGGCCCAGCAGCUGAUUGAAGACUGUUUGUAAGGUAGCUUGGAUUGGGGCGUCGUCGUCUACUUCCUCUGGGAUCCCCCGGACCCUGAUGUUCUGCCUCCUCCCCCUGUUAUCGAGGUCCUCUAGGUGUUGUGCCAUUUGUUGCAUCUGCUGGGUGGCCCGCCUCAGGAUCCCGGUGUUGGCGGACUGAGCCGCUUGCACGUGGUCAUGAUUUGCCUCCAGUUGGGAGAUCCUCUGGCUUAGGCCGCAGCAUUCUUCCCGCAUGGCUUGGAGUUCCUCCGUGAUGGAGGCGCGGAGGCUGUUGUUUGCCUCCAGCAGGUCAGUUUUAGUGGGCAGAUUUCGGAGCAUGUGCAUUAGAUCCGGGUGGGAGUCGGUGGGGUACAGUAUAGGCGUCUCGGCCAGGGACUCUUCCCCACACAGUGAAGGCGACGCUCCCCCUCCCGAGGCCAUCGACUCUUCUGAGGCCUGUGUCUCCCUGUCCGCCGGUGUCGCUAGGAAGCGCCUCAUGGAUGGAGUUGCGCUCCCCCUCGGGGUGUUUGUUGGCUUUGGGGCUUGUGAUGCCCGUUGUGAUUUGCCCAUUUUCGGGGCAAUUAGGUGCGCUAGGCGGUGGGGUGCUUGGAGCCUUACAGGGAGCUCAGACUUUACGCCGCCAUCUUCCUCGGCUUCCAAGCCACGCCCCCCGAGAUUAUACAUUUUAAGUCAAAGUAACCAGUAUGGAAAAAUAGCUGAAUUGGAGAAUUUUCCAUAAUUCUGCAAUUUUGGUAUAAAAUAUCCACUACUUUUUGUCAUUGCUCCACAAUUCCCUGUUUAUUGAAUAAAUGUAAUAAAUGUUGGAAUAAUGUUUUUGGGUGGAAAUAAAGAGUUUAAAUGGACACUAUAGUCACCAAAACAACUUUAGCUUAAUAAAGCCGUUUUGGUGUAUAGAACAUGUCCCUACAGCCUCACUGCUAAGUUCUCUACCAUUUAGGAAUUAAAUCACUUUGUUUAUUAACCCUAGUCAUACCUCCCUGCAUGUGACGUGCACAGCCUUCCAUAAACACUUCCUGUAAAGAGUCAUCUAAAGUUUAUGCUUCCUUUAUUGCAAGUUCUGUUUAAUUAAGAUUUUCUUAUCCCCUGCUAUGUUAAUAGCUUACUAGACCGUGCAAGAGCCUCCUGUAUGUGAUUAAAGUUCAAUUUACAGAGAGAGAUACAAUUGUUUAAGGUAAAUUACAGCUGAUUGAAAGUGAAACCAGUUUUUUUCUUCAUGCAGGCUGUGUCAAUCAGAGCCAGGGGAGGUGUGGCUAGGGCUGCAUAAACAGAAACAAAGUGAUUUAACGCCUAAAAGGCAGUGAAUUGUGCAGUGAAACCUGAGAAGCAUGAUCUACACACACAAACUGCUUCAUUGAGCUAAAGUUGUUUAGGUGACUAUAGUGUUCCUUUAAUGUUCUCGCUGUACUGAGGGUUACAGUCACUGAAAGCAUUAGCAGGCUGUGAUUCAUGCAGAGACUUAUUCACUAAACAUCAGAUAGUAGUGAACUGACAUCCAAAUCUCCUAAUUUAGGCUGAAAUAGCAGAUUUAAGAAAACUACUUACUCUGCUUAUUCUGGCUUGGUUAAAAUUUAGCCUAACUUUACAAUUCAGCUUUCAGUUCACUGGAGAUCAUUAAAUUGCACUUUGUUUUGUGUCUGGAAUAAAUGUCAGUGUUUUUGUAGUUAAGUAACUUUUUCCAUGUUUGCUCUCCUUUUAAUCCAGGUGUAUGAAGGUCUGAAACCCACCGAUAAAUCAGAGAAGCCCUUGGAUUACAGGUAGAUAUUUAAAGUGUAUGUCUGUGAACUCCUAGUCUUCAGUUUGGACAGGUACUUCUGUGUUAAGUAUAUAUAUUGAUAACAGAGGAGUAUAGCUGAUAAUCUACAGAAAUAGUGUAAUACUGUAAAUAAACAAUAAAACUGCGCCAAUAUAAACUGAACUCACAAGAUGUAGAUCGAUAAAAUCACCUUAGGGUGCCUCCCCUUAGAUGUCCAGAGCUCCCUCUUAGCUGGUUGGUGGUAUCGCCACAAUAUGGAAGUCCAGACUUAGGAGACGGUAUAAAAUAAUCUGCUUUAUUGUACAAGUAUGAAAGAUAAAAAACAAAUGUGGUCCUACUCGUUUCGUCUUAUGUAAGACUUCCUCAGGGACCCAGUAAUAAAAAACAAAUGUUUACAUAUAAAAUAUCCUAACAAAAGGACAAAAUAGCAGCAAGUUAUUACUUUAUUUGACAUUAUUUUUUUAGAAGUGUUGGAUUAGACACACUCUGUCCUUUUUUUGCUACAUACUGCUUGUAAGGAAACCAAGUAUAUUUAAACCUCAUUCAUUAGUUUCCUCCCGAACCGCCAGAGCCUUAGUGAUUAUAGCCCUCCGUUCGGUAGAUAGGGUAGACUAAUCCUAUAGUAAUUCCAAUAGCUUCACAAGAUAAUUCCCUUAGUGAAACACACGAAUCCCCAAACAUCAGCCGAAGUCAAGAAGAAGGGUACAAAAUGAACUAGCCUUUAAUGGGUGCACACGGCUUUUAUGCACUCAGGGAGGGACAAACAAUAACCAAUCACAACCAGUAAAAUGUUAACACACACCUACAGUUCCCUCCCCUAGCCCAGGAGAUAAUUUAGUCUGAUAAAAUGUUAACUUAAUUAUCUCCGGGCUGAAAAAUCACAUUUUUCCCCAAUAACUGGAACACCCCUUUAUACUUGAGGUAUCCCCAUAAAUUAUAUGUCCCCUGAUAGCCCUGAUCUGGGUGACCAACAUAUCCGAAUUUCACCCAGAUCGGUUCAGGGGUUCGCAAAAACUAUGGAAGUCUCUUGUGACCGGCUCACCCUGGGCUGUAUGCCCAAAACAGUUCCAUGAAUUUGGUGGGUUUUGCCGGUCACUUUCGAAAAAGCAGAAAAACGAACAAAGUACCGAAUGGUUCCCUCUGACUCCUAGCAGCGUUCGUGCCCCUCUGUCGAAUACACCAAAGUACCGAAUAGCGCUCUUCUAGCUCUUCUGUAAAUAGAGUUCCGGUGUUCGGGAAGUCGUGUGUCCGUUUUUAGUUCCAUGCACUUGACGACCAGGUCCCGGUGCCUUUGUUCGCAUGAACAAAAAUGGCCGCGGUUUUCUCUGCCACGUGGCGUUCGACUGACGAACGCUGGCCACACAGACAGAGGAAGCAAUUUCACCCAAACUUUGAUGUUUAACGAGCCAGAGGGGUGGUCUUUGUUCGGUAGUUCCAUCUACCGAAUGCAAUGGGCAUAAGUAGGGUAACAAAAAGGGAAUGCAAAGAGUAUAUACAAUAUAACAAAAAGGGUGUUUCUUCACACUGCUGUGUUAAGCCCCAAAGAUAUAGAGAGCUUAAUAUCCAUCAGAUGUUUGGAGACUAAAGUGUCUGGAAUGUGUAUAUCCCUGAUAUCAAUGUGCAAGGCCCAUAUGUUUGCACACAUUCUGAUGUCAGUUUCUGUAACUUCCUAGGUGGCCUGUACGCUACGACCAGUGGUGGGAGUGUAAAUUUAUUGCCGAAGGCAUCAUUGAUCAAGGUAAAUUGUUAGUUUUGUGUCCGUGUGCACAUACAUCCUCACACACGCGAUAUUCCAUUUUGUUAAAGUCUACCAUAUCCUCACCUGACACCUGUUCAUGCAGUGAUUCCUUAAUUAUUCUCCAUGCUGUAGGUAGUCGAGCACUUAUACUGGCAGACAUAGGACUCUCUUAGUGUGUGGUGUCAGAUCCGCUGAUUCACUCUGAGAUGGCACUAAGUUUGCUACAGAGUUACAUUCUAUGUUAAUCCAUGUGGGCUGCUUCUCCAAUUUCUGUCAGUAAAACUAACAAGGUGAUUAUUAGCGACUAGAUCAGCCUGCAUGCCACAGACUAAACGAGAUAAAAUAUCAUGUAUUUUGUAAGGUGCCUGCCAUCCCCCUCCCAUUCCAAAUGCACAUCAUUGGAACAUUUUUUUAUUUAUAAACAAUUUUUGUCACUUUCAGAAAAAAAGGUUUUAAAACUUAAGGCAGACCUGGUGCAUUUAAUUUCAAUCAGUGUCACCUUAACGAAUGUCUAGUAAUUAGUAUUGUGAAAUGAUUUACCAAUAUUAAGCAUUAAGUAACUGGAAGAAGCAGGUAGUGCGUUCUUUGUCUGAUACAAUGUGUUGUGCCUUUCGUCUGCCACAGGGGGAGGAUUCCGUGACAGUCUGGCUGAUAUAUCAGAGGAGCUGUGUCCGAGCUCAGCAGAUACCCCCAUGCCACUACCAUUCUUUGUCCGCACUUCAAACCAGGUGAUUCUGAACUUGUUUCCUCUGUGUCUGACUCUGUGUCUGACUGUGUCAACAAGGGCGCAACAAGCUCUUCAAAUCCUGAUUACACAUCGCUGGUAGUUUAAAGGGGACGUGGAAUUAUCAAACUGUGAAUGAUACGUUCACCUUUCUCUACAUACUGGUUCUACCACCUAUUUCCAAGCCUUCAGCAGUAGUGCUGGUUGAGUCUCUGGCUUGUUAUAAGAUGGGUCAUUCUAAUAUGUGUCUGAGGUUACACUGAUUGCUUUUCUUAUUACAGGGUAACAGCACGGGCGAAGCUCGAGACAUGUAUGUUCCCAAUCCAUCCUGUAAGGACGUGGCAAAGUAUGAGUGGAUUGGGCAGCUAAUGGGCGCAGCACUGAGAGGGAAGGAAUUCCUGGUAUGAAAACAUUGCGAAUUCCUGUCUUCCAUACUUCCUUAUAGCCAGUUUCCCCCUCCAUUGCCUCUCUCUAUCCCAGAUAUCGGUCGGCACAUGGACCCAGACAUGGCUGAAGCAGCAUUUCAUUUAAGGCCUAAAAAGCUGGUGGAACCUGUAACAGGACGGGCUGGAGGCCUGUUCGUUCAGUUCCACAUUUUCCUAAAAACAGGUCAUGCAAGCACUAAACAGGCGAUUUCAUUCACACAAUAUGGAAAUGAAACUGGUGGCAAUUUUAAAGAGGACAUUUCCCUGUGAGUCAUAUACCGGCCCAUCAACCAAUGAAAACAGCUUUAGACAUGCUGGAAAGAUGGCUCAGUUGGUUUGUGCACCAACCAUAGGAUAUGCAGAGUCAAUUUAAACUUUCACAUUUCUGAAGUUGAUAAAAUGAACAGCAUUGAGUUUGGUACCCAUAUCUUUACCCAAAAAACAAAAUCGACGCUUAUCCUUCCUUUUAUUUUAUGAGUUUGAAAAAAAUACAUCCCACAGUAACGCACGCUGCGUGGUAGAUAAGCACUGAUUUGUCUGUUCAGUGAUCUAUAGUAUCCACAGUUUGUGUAAUAUAAAAGGUUUUAAGAACCUAAACGUAUCACGAGACAGAACAAACCCCCUCGCCUGAUGUAUUCAUCGAAUUUAUUGGAUUUUUCAUUUUCAGGUUCUUGCGUUACCCGGCUUUGUGUGGAAGCAGCUCACCGGAGAAGAAAUCAGCUGGAGCAAGGACUUCCUCGCUGUUGACUCUCUUUUAGUGAGUAAAAAAACCCUGGAAGUGGAGAUGGUUGAAUGACUAUGUGACGAAUAGUGGGUGCAUGUCUCUGCACUUGGUCUGUAUGCCUGUUUGUUCAUGUACGUAUUUUUAUUUCUUCUUUUCAAUACUCUGAGCAAUUCUCCUACUUUUUCCUGCCAGGUGAAACUCUUGGAGAUGAUGGAGAUGAUGGACAAGGAGACAUUUGAGUUUAAGUUUGGAGAGGAGCUGAGCUACACGACGGUGCUGAGCGAUCAGAGAAUGGUGGAGCUUAUACCGGGGGGCAGCAAUAUCUGUGUGCGCUACGAGGACCGUGUGGAGUUCAUUCAGAUGGUACAGAGAGCGAGGCUGGAGGAGAGUAAAGACCAGGUAAUGUGCAUUAUGGGCUCCAGAUCGGUUUUAUGUCUGCAGUCGCUGGAUGGCUACUAAGUAAUCACUCACAGCCAUCUGAUAUUGGAAACUGUUCAAGAAUGCGGGGAGUUUCUUCUUGUCUUACUCAGAUUGGGGCCAUCAGGGCAGGACUUCUGAAGGUGGUACCUCAGGCAGUGUUGGAUCUUCUCACCUGGCAGGAACUGGAGAAGAGAGUUUGCGGAGACCCAGAAAUAUCUGUGGAGGCCCUGAAAAAACUAAGUAAGAAUCACAUACGUGUGCAGGUCAUUCAGAACUUUCUGUGUUUAGGCUGUUAAGAGCAAAGGGUGGUAUUAUUCUAAAAUUCUGGUCUGUGGGGAUCCUAUUCUGACACGGAAUGUUCUGCACUUAUAGCCUUUUUGGUGCUCUGUGGAGCAUCACAUGGUAAAUGAUUUGCUGGGAAAGGACUGGACUGGCCGUGGUGGCAUUGGACUCUAAAAUCUCAUCCUGAUUAUUAUACUUCACGACACACGCCAUGUCCCUCUAUCUCCCGGGUACUUAUAUAGAGGUGUAAUAUCUCUGUAGAUGGCUUCUGCUAGUAACUGUUCCAUCCACCGCUUUUUAAGUUAUGUUAAAUUGAUGCUUUGUUUUUCCAGCCAGGUUUGAAGAUUUGGAGGCGACGGACAUUCGGGUUCAGUAUUUCUGGGAAGCCCUGAACAGCUUUACAAAUGGUGAGCACUGUUACUCCGGUCUCCAUGUACUGACAUGUCUCAUGUUUCAGCUCUGCUAGAUGCAGAAGGAAGGACACAAUCUAAUCUAGCUCUAGGAAGCAGACCACACAAAAAAAAAGCAAAACUAAAAUCGUGAAUGUGAGAGUAUGGGAACAGAGACCGUCACAGCCAUGAAAUAAAGAACAUAUUGUGUGUGGGUGCCGGUGAUAGUUUGCUCAGUACUUCCAGCUUCUCAGAAACUCUUCUUUAUCUUUCAGAGGAUCGUAGUCGAUUCCUGAGGUUUGUAACUGGGAGAAGUCGUCUCCCUGCUCCAAUCUACAUCUAUCCGGACAAAUCUGGGUGAGUAAACAGUCAAGGCAGCUGCAAACAUGCAGGGGGACAAUAUUACAGGGAUCUCUGGAUCUCGUGUGUACUUACCUGUUCCACGUGACACAAGUACGUCUUUCAAUCAUAAAAAAAAUAUCUGAUACGUAUAAACUCCUAAACAGCGAAGGGGCAAAUUUAUUAUUUCCAUUUCAAACCUCUUCCUUGCAUAUGCUUCUUCCUUUUAUUUUUUUCAUAGUGAUUUACCAGUUUAGGUCUAAAUGUAUGCUGUGCUAUUUUCUUUUUCUGCAAACUUUUUAUUGAGUGGAUGAGAUAUCAAGGAUCCAGCUCACCCUUGUAAGUGACACAAUAUAGUGCAGGGAAACAAUGGAACGAAGUACAAACAAUUGCCAAGUGGGUUAUGGAUAAAGGUUUCUGGACACUAAGGGAGACGGAGACUGACUAUGUGGACGUUAUUCAUGUAUCAAGUAGUCUUUAAUGUGAAAAGUAUCAUUUUAAACAGGUCCACUUUUCUCAGCACCAAGAGAGCUUGGGUCAACCAUGUGUGCAGGUCCUGAAAUGAGGAACAGGAUUGGGGGAUAUUUUAGUGAUAUAAUAUGUCCAAAUAUUUUAUUUUAUGGGAGGUCCUUUGUAAUGACAAGGUGGGGAGGAGGAACAAGAGCGGCACUGCUAUUUUGUAUGUUUCUCUCUGUCCCUAUAUCUCUCACUCCCUGUGUCUGUCUGUCUGUCUCUCUCUGCAUCUGUUUUUCUCUGUCCCUAUAUCUCUCACUCCCUGUGUCUGUCUGUCUCUCUCUGCAUCUGUUUUUCUCUCUGUCCCUAUAUCUCUCACUCCCUGUGUCUGUCUGUCUCUCUCUCUGCAUCUGUUUUGCUCUCUGUCCCUAUAUCUCUCACUCCCUGUGUCUGUCUGUCUCUCUCUGCAUCUGUUUUUCUCUCUGUCCCUAUAUCUCUCACUCCCUGUGUCUGUCUGUCUCUCUCUGCAUCUGUUUUGCUCUCUGUCCCUAUCUCUCUCACUCCCUGUGUCUGUCUGUCUGUCUCUCACUGCAUCUGUUUUGCUCUCUGUCCCUAUAUCUCUCACUCCCUGUGUCUGUCUGUCUCUCUCUCUGCAUCUGUUUUUCUCUCUGUCCCUAUAUCUCUCACUCCCUGUGUCUGUCUGUCUGUCUCUCACUGCAUCUGUUUUGCUCUCUGUCCCUAUAUAUCUGUAUCUCCUUCUAUAUCUCUCACUUUCUCUGUCUGUCUAGCUCUCUGUAUCUCGACAAUGAGCUGAUGAUUUUCCUUUUAUGGUUUGUCUGUCUGCAGAUCUGAUACUACCGACUCCUUACCGGAGUCCUCUACCUGUUCCAGCACUUUGUACCUACCCCAAUACCCCAGGUAAGUGUGUAUUACCCCUCUACACUGUACUGUGUUUGGGGUGCAGGUGAACAUCCAUUUACAUCCACAAGCGACAUUAAUGGUUUAGCGAAGCCCCAUUCUUACUAUUGUCACAUACUCUGCCAGUAAGUAAAGGAGCAUUAUAUGUAGCUGUAAGUGUGAACACGUCGCUAACCUCGUUAAUACAGCGGGGCACUCCUGCAAACCCCCCACGACGCCAGCGUUUCCCCUUGUAGAAUGCAAUACCUGUAAUAUUACACUUACUUUUCACGCGUUAGAAUGCAAUAUUAUCUAACUAAAGCUGCUAUACGCUUUAUUUACUAAACAGAAAAUUGCAGAGAACUGACAAGGGAAUUGAAAAUUAUAGGCCAGAGCAAAAUUGCUGAAUAGAAGAAUUUCUUUAUUUCAGCAAAAUAAUAACAGUAGCAGCAAAGUAUUUAACCAGGAAAGGUACAUUCAGAUUACCCUGGUAAAUAAGUGUAAACAUGUUUAUUCUGACUCUCCAUUUAGCAAAUACAGUUGUGCUCAAGUUUGCAUACCCUGGCACAAAUUGUGAAAUUUUGGCAUUGAUUUUGAAAAUAUGACUGAUCAUGCAAAACAAUGUCUUUUAUUGAAGGAUAGUGAUCAUAUGAAGCCAUUUAUUAUCACAUAGUUGUUUGGCUCCUUUUUAAAUCAUAAUGAUAACCGAAAUCUCCAAAAUGGCCCUGAUCAAAAGUUUACAUACCCUUCAAUAUUUCGCCUUUUUACAGACACACAAGGUGAUACACACAGGUUAAAAUGGCAAUUAAAGGUUAAUUUCCCACACCUUUGGCUUUUUAAAUUGCAAUUAGUGUCUGUGUAUAAACUGUCAAUACGUUUGUUAGCUCUCACGUGGAUGCACUGAGCAGGCUAGAUACUGGAGAUACUGGAAAACUUGAAAAUGCCAGUCAGUAUUCUUCAAUCACUUAUUACGAAGUGGAAAAUUCGGAGAUCUCUUGAUACCAAGCCAAUGUCAGGUAGACCAAGAAAGAUUUCAGCCACAACUGCCAGAAGAAUUGUUUGGGAUACAAAUAAAAACCCACAGGUAACCUCAGGAGACAUACAGGCUGCUCUGGAAAAAGAUGGUGUGGUUGUUUCAAGGAGCACAAUACAAUGAAACGUGAACAAAAAUGAGCUGCAUGGAAAAUGCUGGCAAUUUGCAUUCUUCUUCACGAAGGCUGCGCAUGGGACACUCUUGGACUAUCCAGCAUGACUCUAAGUACAAGGCCAAGUUGACCCUCCAAUGGUUACAGCAAAAAAAGGUGACGGUUCUGGAGUGACCGUCACAUUUUCCUGACCUUAAUAUGAUCGAGCCACUCUGGGGAGAUCUCAAACACGCGGUUCAUGCAAGACCACCAAAGACUUUGCAUGACCUGGAGGCAUUUUGCCAAGACGUAUUGGGCAGCUAUACCACCUGCAAGAAUUAGGGGCAUCAUAGCCAACUAUUACAAAAGACUGCACGCUGUCAUUGAUGCUAAAGGGGGCAAUACACAGUGUUAAGAAAUAAGGGUAUGCAGAAUUUUGAACAGGGGUCAUUUCAUUUCUUUCUUUGUUGCCAUGUUUUGUUUUAGGUUUGUGCCAUUCUGUUUAACCCCUUAAGGACACAUGACAUGUGUGACAUGUCAUGAUUCCUUUUUAUUCCAGAAGUUUGGUCCUCAAGGGGUUAAACCUACAGUUGAAUAUGAAUCCCAUAAGAAAUAAAAAUAAAUGUGUUUUGCCUGCUCACUCAUAUUUUCUUUAAAAAUGGUUUAUAUAUUACCAAUUCUGCGAAGGGCAGGCAAAACAAUUUUGAGCACAACUGUAAAUGCCUUGAUCGCCUUUUUUCCAUUCACCAAGUGACUCCUUUCUCAUGUGUUACAGUGCCAAGGUUUGCGAGGAGAAGUUGCGCUACGCUGCGUACAACUGUGUUGCCAUAGAUACAGACAUGAGUCCUUGGGAGGAAUGAGUGAAUCAGAUCAUCGGUUAACCUUACCCAGCUCUGUUGCAGGAGCUUGGCAGCACUGCGCCCCAUCAGAUCCUGGAACUUGAGAGCAGUUAAAGAAAUAUUUACAUGCAUCCCAAAAGAACAUUUUGUGUUAUUGCGUGCAUGUAUCUUUACAUCGUAAUGUUUACCAUAUCAAUGUGCGGUGCAAUGUGUGAUAAUAGUUUUCUACAGCUCAUAUAACUGGGUUGAAAUAUGUGAUCUCAAUGGGACUUGUUCCACUGAGUAACAAAAUGUUGUGUUCCUUGCUUGAACAGAUUUUGGCUCAUUACAAGUUCUAUAAAACAAUAUUCUAAAUGAGCAUGCUCUCUUUCUUGAAUGUAUCGCAGAACCUCCAAUUAAGAAGUUCUGGAGAGAAUUCAGCCCUACAUGACCCUAUGCUUGCUUAGAGCUUAAGAUUACCUAUGGUCAAAGGAACUCAUCAGUAAUCCAUAUUGUGGAGUUUCUGGGCAGUAGGUUAUCAUUGGGGUACAAUGGACUGUAACCUAUGGCACUCAAGAUAUUUAAGAAAUAAACUUCCAAGAUGCUUAACCAUAAAAAGGCUGGCUUAGCAUCCUGGGAAAGUGUUCUACAAAUAAAACAUCUUGGGGAGCAACAUUAGGUUUCUCGUACACAUAUCUGUCUAGCUAUGAAUUUACACUGAUCAGCCACAACAUUAAAAUCACCUCUGAGCGUGUCCUGUGGUAUCCGACACCAAGACCUUAGCAGCAGAUCUUUUAAGUCCUACUAGUCGCAACGUGGGAGCUCCAUGGAUUGCAUUUGUUUCCUCACAUCCCACUUAUGCUCAAUGGGAUUGAGAUCUGGGGACUUUGGAGGCCAAGGCAACACCUUGAAAUCUUUGUCAUGUUCCUCAAACCCUUCCUGAACAAUUUUUGCAGUGUGGCAGGAGGCAUUAUCCUGCUGGAAGAGGCCACUGCCACCAGGGAACACCAUUGCCAUUAAGGGGUGUACAUGGUCUGCAACAAUCUCUAGGUAGGUGGUAUGUGUCAAAGUGGCAUCCACUUGACUGCCUGGUCAUAAGGUUUCCCAGCAGAACAUUGCCCAUAGCAUAACACUGCCUCCGCCAGCCUGCCUUCUUCCCAUAGCACAUCUGCUGCCAUCUCUUCCCCAGGUAAACUACUCACAUACCCGGCCAGCAAACUGUGAUACUCUGUGUGUUCUGACAACUUUCUAUCAUGCCCAGCAUUACGUUUUUCAUCAAUUUGAGCUACAGUAGCUCUUCUGUGUGAUCAGACCAGACGGGCUAGACUUCGCUCCCCACUUCCAAAAAUGAGCCUUGGGUGCCCAUGAGCUGACGCCGGUUCCCUGGUUGCCCUUCGUUGCACCACUUUUGGUAGGUACUAAUCACUGCAUUCAGGGAACACCCCAUAAGACCUGCAGUUUUGGAGAUGCUGCAGUCGUCUAGCCAUCACUUUUUAGCCCUUGUCAAGUCACUAAGAUUGUUUCACUUGCCCAUUUUUUCUGCUUUCAACACAUGAAAUUCAGGAAAUGACUGUUUACUUGCUGCCUCAUAUAGAUCCCUCCCCUUGACAGGAGCCAUUGUAAUGAUAUAAUCAUUUCACUUAGCCUACCAGUGGUUUCAAUGUUGUGGCUGAUCAGUGUACAUGGCUCACAAAAAGAUAUCCUCAAUUCUCUGUAUGUGGAAUAUCAAAUGAGGACAGAACGUAGCACAAAAUUAAAUGUAGAGAAAGAGGAAUGAAAUGAACUGUUAAUUUCAGGGUUCUAUUCACUAAAUCCCAUUAUUUAUAAUAUAUCUAAGGCUGAUUUCUGGGAAUAAGAUAUCCCGGUCAUCUCAGACAAAAUGCUUGCUGUGAUGGGUAAUUCCAAAGAAUCCACACUACAAUCAUCGAUUUAGGAUUAAACAACGCCAACAGAAAUUAACUUGCACCAUCCCUUACAGUGAUUCAAAAAUUGCCCGUCCUAUGUAUUGAUCGGCUCUGUGUCUGCUCUGAAGUUUUUCUUUUUUCUAAACUGAACUGAAAAAGCUAAAGUUUCUGCAUUUUAAACAAUCCUAUUCCUUGUACGUUGGAAUGUUGGAAGUAAAUCUGUUUAGCUUCAGUAAUUCCAGGAUCAUGUUAUACGCAGC